AUGUUAAUCGGUUUGCCGACAGGCGUUCGCUUCAUAUUCAGCAUCGAUGGCAGCAAAAGAGUCACAUCACUGGAACAGUUAUACCAAUCGAUGAGUUAUGUCUGUUCUUCAAACGAUAAUUACAUUCGCGUCGACUACGAGUCCGUAUCCAAUAUGAGCGCUAUCUGUGCCAACAGCUCAGUCAGCCUUAAAAACACUAAUAUUAUUACAAACGGGAAAAAGUGUUGCGUUGAGAGUGCGGGCGACAAUCAAUUGAGUUUCUCGUCAAUACCGCCACUGCCUGUCAUCCCAUCACAUGUCCAGUCGAGUCAAACUCAAUCAUCGCAGACGUCAUCCCUGUCUUCAUCGUCAUCGACAGCCUCUCCGACACCAAAAAUGCCGGACUUUAUUCGACCCAAAAUAGUGACAAUCAUCAGGAAUGGUGUGAAACCACGCAAAGUGUCGCGACUUCUUCUCAACAAAAAGACGGCUCAAACCUAUGAUAAAGUGCUGAACGAUAUAACAAACACUAUUAGACUGGACUGUGGCUCUGUUCGCAGGAUAUAUACAUUGUCUGGAAAUCAGGUCUUAUGUCUGUCAGACUUUUUCGCAGAAGAGGACAUCUUUAUUGCUUUUGGUACUGAAAAGUAUUCUCACGAAGACUUAGAUCUCGACUCUGAAGAGCACAAACUGGUUUACUCGAAGACGUCGUCUUUGAGCCAAAGUGUUUGCUACAGAGGCGGCAAAAAGAGCGCUUCGUCGCCGCUAUCAGUCAUUUACGGCACUCUAAGUAAUGGCAAAGGAGUCAUCUCUACUCACAAUCAAAAUUCACCGAAAAUAGGAUCCAAAUUGAAUGAGAAGAAUAGUCGCAAUUCAGCUCUUAAUGGCAAUUAUGGGUACAAUGGGAACGGCUAUUCCGUAUCGAUUCUGUUCCCCAAACAAGUGACACAACACUACGAAAUCGGACAAAUCAUAGGCGACGGCAACUUUGCUGUUGUGCACCACUGCACUCAUAAGGCAACCAAAGCUCAGUUCGCACUCAAAAUAAUCAAUAAAUCCAAGUGUAAGGGAAAAGAGGCUAUGAUUGCCUCCGAAGUCGCGAUUUUACGCAAAGUCAAACAUAACAACAUUAUUCAACUCAUUGAAGACUUUGAUUACAUUAAUGAACUAUACCUAGUCAUGGAGUUAGUGAAGGGCGGAGAUUUGUUCGAUGCGAUCACUUUAGCCAACAAAUACACAGAAGUGGAUGCGAGUCAUAUGAUCCAUGACCUGUCGGGUGCUCUCGAAUACUUGCAUUCACUGGAUAUCGUUCACCGAGAUAUCAAACCCGAAAAUUUGCUCAUUUGUGACAAAAAUGGUGUCAAAUCAUUAAAAUUAGGAGAUUUUGGUUUAGCGGUUGAAAUGGAGGACAGCGUUAAUCUAUACUCUGUUUGCGGAACUCCUACUUAUGUGGCGCCAGAAAUUUUGGCCGAAACGGGUUAUGGAAAGGAAGUGGACAUAUGGGCGGCCGGUGUUAUCGCUUACAUACUUCUCUGUGGUUUCCCUCCAUUCGCUAACGAAGACAACGAUCAGGACUUACUCUUUGAUCAAAUACUGUCGGGAACUUUUGAAUUCACUCAACCCUAUUGGGAUCCGAUCUCAGAGUCGGCCAAACAGUUGAUAAUGGAUAUGCUUGAAGUGGAUCCGAGCAGACGACUCACCGCAACCCAAGUCAUUGAACAUCCAUGGGUUGUGGGUGACAGCGCCGGCACUAACGAUAUGCUGAAUACAGUCUCACAAAAGCUUAAUAAACAUUUUGAUAAGAAAUCUAACAAUAAGUCUAAGAACUGUACUGAGAGUAUGGCCGGCAUUUCGCUGAUAGCCCGAACGGCUUUGGAUAAGAAACCGAUCGGAAAUGUGAGACAUUAUUUCAGACCUUAUAGUAAAGGACGGAAUCCAGUUUGGGAUGAAAUUGUCUCCGAAAACGUUAGGCAUCACUCACUAGACGUUAAUGUGUCUAAUAAUAGACUUAAGAACUAA